ACGAUACAGAAAAAAGGAUGUUUAAUCGUAAUGAGUGAAGUGUGAUUGAUGAAGUGAGAAACAGCGCCCUCGAGCGACCAUGAGGCACGACAGCACCACUCGCCGCUGGACGCUUCACAUCAUCAUUUCUUUAUUUCUGGUUUUAAUCAGCCAACCGUAUGCAACAGUAGAUGCAGCUGCAUUUGAAAUUAAAUGUGCUGAGAAUGAAUACAGGACUAAUCAGGGAUUCUGUUGUGAUAAAUGUCAUCCAGGGUAUAAGCUUAUAAAGGAAUGCUCUGCCCAGGGACAAAGGUCAAUCUGUGAGAAAUGUGGGGACGGGACUUACAUAAACACAUCAAACUAUAGUCCAACAUGCUGGAGUUGCAAAAAAUGCGAUAAAGCCAAUAUGGACAUGAUCUCAAACUGUACGAUCACCAAAAACAGUGAGUGUAAAUGUAAUAAGGGAUUUUACAUGAAGAUGUUAGACGAGUGGACGCCAGAAUGUAAAAAAUGUAAAAAAUGUGGAGACGGACAGCUGACAGUUGUAAAUUGUACUGGGGACAACUAUGACCACUGUAUAUGCAAAGACAAACAUUACAAAGUUAAAAACAACCUUUGUAAGCCAUGUGAUGAAUGUCGUUUUGGGUGUGACCACCUGUGCAAAUCCGAAGUUCCAACAGGAACCCCGGUUCAUGCGACUAAUCCUAGCAAUGUUUCAGACAAAGUUUCUCAAAUAGUGUUCCCGAUUUGCGCAUGCAUCAUAGCCGUGAUGGUGGGAGUGUUUUUGUUAUACGAGGCCGUCAGGAUCUGGAGGAAAAGGAAACGAGCUUCGUCGAACCACUCGUCAUCACGUGAUGAUAAGGCGAAGUCUGAAGACGAGCCAAUGAUGGAAGAAGCUUCAUCAGUCACAGAGGAUCUGGUUUCAAUCUCAAACCAGCGGUAUGAAACAGAACUGCCCAGAGAACUUCCAGACUGCGUCCCAAGAGAGAUUAAAAUUGCCGAGUUCUUCUACUUUGUGUUGGAUGAGAUCCCUGUCGGCCGAUUUAAAGAACUCGUUCGGCGCCUUGGUGUCUCAGAGCCGGACAUCGAAAGAGCAGAAAACGAUCACCGGGCGUGUAAAGACGCCCAGUACCAGAUGCUGAAGGUUUGGAGUGAUAGGUGCGGUGGAGGAGGGAACAACAUUUUGUCGUGUCACCUCAUCCAGAUGUUUAUAGAUACAUUGAGAGACAUGUAUUUAUCCAGCUGUGCAGAUAGCGUUGAGACCAAGUUCCUUUCACAAGACAGACCCAUUUCACAAUGAGGUGAUUAUGGAGACAUAAAGGGCAUUAAUAGAGAACUUAAACUUCCAUUUCUGGACUAUUUAAGUGGAAGUGGAAAUGAAUGCGACAGCAUUUUUCAAGAUGUCGAUCAAAUUUCACACUACCGGUUUUUUGCCUAGUAUUUUUUUUAUGAAUAUGCAUAAUGUAGGUCUAUGUUGUGCUUUUAUAUGGCGUUGUCACGGCUUGAUGAGUGCUGUAAGAGUUUAUAUCUGAAUAAAUGUGGUGGGGUUUGGAUAUAUUUUUGUACAUUAACUGGGUGUGACUCUUUUAAGAGUUUCAGCAAAUGUUUCUCAUGUGAUGGAAAAGCCAAAAACUCUCCUAGUUCUUCUUUUUGUAGAAUCGGGCGAAUCUUAGAACAAAAUCAAAUGAACAAUGUAAACAUUUGAUAAGCUUUAUCUGAAUAUUUUUUAAAUAAGAUUUUUUAUAUAAUGAAACUGUUAGACAACACAUUAUUAUCUGAAGUGAAACAUUUACUCAAUAAUGUCGCUGUCUUUAUAGAUAAAGAUAAUAUUGAUGUUAUUGAGCAUUGAAUAUGUUUGGAGUAUGAACUGUCUAUAGUUGCACUCUUUUAUUGCUGUAAAUUUCACGUGUAUCCUUCCACAAGCCUUCACGUGUGCUGUUGAACAGUAUGGUGCCCCUCAAAGCAUUAAUUUUUAAAUAAAUAUAUGAACAAUACAGCUGGUUUCAAGGUGCAUUUAACAUUAUCAGUGUUUAUAGUGUAUAUUUUGCUGGAUGUUUAUUAACUGUUAAACUGCUUUAUUUCAAGUAUCACGCAUGUUUGUGUCACCACUCCAAAGAAAAUGAAACAAUGAAAAGUUUUCAAUUAAUCAUUUGUUAACCUUCAGUAUAAAGAAGCAGGAAAGUUGUCCGGUUUCUUUUGAUUUGUAGUGUUUCUUCCGUAACCGGAAUAAACGAUUUAAUUUCCUUAUUGUAAUUUGUGUAUUUUAUGUGCAGUCACGUCAUGCGUGAAGGUUGGCAGUAUUUCUUUUUGUAUAGAGACACAUUCCUUACAACCUUCCUGAAGUUGUAUGAACAAAUGAGCAUUUUAUUUCCUGUUUCUUUUCUUAUAUUUGGAGUUUGGACACAGCAGAAUGUAUUUUUGUAUUUUUGUAAAAAUAAAGGAUUUUAAUUCACAUUA